CGGUGAACCAAGCAGCGGCAGCCCGGAAAAUGGUGGGAACCCCGGUCUCGACCAGCAGAAUUCGGGCGUAAGCCGCAGGAGAAUCGGCCCACUUUAAACUCCCACCACCGUGCGCCGAUAAAGUCUCCAUUCUCGACUCCUUUUUCAUCAAUUGCCUGGGAGCCCUGGCCUCGCUCAGCUUUUCCGGCCUACGUCCGUCAGACCUCAACCACGCCAUUGCUGAGAGCAGGAGGAGGAGAGACGAGACACAAUGGCCGAUUCGCUGCUUGCCCGCAAGUAUGUUGACGGGAUAUACAUCCCUGUUGGCCUCCUCGUGGUGGGAACCGCCAUCGUGAAGCGGGAGUGGACAGCAUACGCUCUGUUGCUGGGGAUCGCCCUGGGUGCGAUCAAGUAUCUUAGAUCUGCCCCCAAGAAGGUCCUUAAGCCCGACGCUUUCCAGGAGUUUGAGCUGAAGGAGAAAACCAUCGUCUCGCAUAAUGUGGCCAUCUACCGCUUCGCGCUGCCCGCUCCCGACUCGAUCCUCGGCCUUCCCAUCGGCCAGCACAUCUCGAUCGGCGCGGCCCUCCCGCAACCGGACGGCACCACCAAGGAGAUCGUCCGCUCCUACACGCCGAUCUCGGGCGACCACCAGCCGGGCUACUUCGACCUGCUCAUCAAGUCGUACCCGCAGGGCAACAUCUCGCGGCACAUGGCCUCGCUGGCCGUCGGGCAGACCAUCCGGGUCAAGGGCCCCAAGGGCGCGUUCGUCUACACGCCCAACAUGGUGCGGCACUUUGGCAUGAUCGCGGGCGGCACUGGCAUCACGCCCAUGCUGCAGGUGGUCAAGGCGAUCAUCCGCGGGCGCAAAGCUGGCGACCGGACCGAGGUGGAUCUCAUCUUUGCGAACGUCACCGAGCAGGACAUCCUGCUGAAGGAAGAUCUGGAUCAGUUGGCGCAGGAGGAUAAGGGAUUCCGGGUGCACUAUGUGCUGGACAAGCCGCCCGCCGGGUGGACGGGCGGUGUGGGAUAUGUCACGGCGGAGAUGAUUCAGAAAUGGCUGCCCAAGCCUGCGGACGACGUCAAGAUACUGCUGUGCGGUCCCCCACCAAUGGUUAGCGGCCUGAAGAAGGCUACCGAGAGCCUCGGCUUCAAGAAGGCCAGGCCCGUUAGCAAGCUGGAGGACCAAGUCUUUGCGUUCUAAGCCGUGAAAUAUGUACAAUCCAAACAUAAAAAGGCAGGACAACCCUCAUAUCCAAGUUUGUAGCUCAUAGUCUCUCAUCCUGGCGUUGUCACCGCCAGCAUGUUCACGACCGUAUGUCUAUUUGGAAAACCCAAGACAUGGGGAAACUGCUUAAGCCAAGCAACGGGUCAACUGCGGUAUUGUUGCUAAGAACC